GGGGAAGGAGAGCGCUGCCCCUUCCGGAGAACAAGCAAGCGGCAUCAUCACCACGGCCGCGGGGAGCCCCAGGGGUAAAGGGACCCUCCCCGGUGGUGCGGCCACCCCGCGAUGCAGGGGCCCGCUCGAGCCCUCUUCGACUCUGCUCCUCGUGGUGGCAUCGUGCACCUGCUCGCCGACGUGACCCAAUGGCGGUGGUGCCGAUCCUGCCCCCCUCCUUGCCAUCGCUCGGCCGUCCAGUCCCCGUGCCUCUUUCGCCGUCGCGCGUGCAGAUAUUCAUCGCGAGCUGAUCCAAUAUCGAUGCCAAGACUCCGGCGCGCCCCCGACCGUGGCAGCCCGUCGGCGGCGGCGGAGACCUCGGUGCGUGCGGCGGCAGCGGGCCGAGGCCUCCGCGUUUCUCCCUCGGGGGCCGCCGGCCGCACGCGGCCGCCCUGGAGCGGGUCAUUGAGCUCUGCACGGGUAUUCGGCGAUGGAUCGCUGCGCGCUCACAGGAUGCCGCGCCACCGGGCCGAGGGUGCAGAUUGCCGCUCCUAUAGCGAGUUGUUCGGGAAGGCGCGGCGAACACACCGCUUCGGGGAUACUUCUCGAACUGAUGACGCGGCCCACACCCUGGCAAGGACAGAUGCCCGACGUGCCAGCACCCUUGGGGGGAAAUGAACGGGGGAGGAGGAAGGGAGAUACAGGAACAAGGAGGAGCAAGUACGAGCGAGGAGGUCCGGCAGGCGCGCCCAGCACGACGUUGCGCCCGGGGCGUGCGUGCAGGGCGAUGCCCCCCCGCCGUCUGCCGGAAUGCCGGGAAAAAACGCCCACGGAGGCCGCGGCACGUGCGCGAGGCACCCGCGUGGAGGUCCUACACCCUGCGAAAUGCUUAAGAAAUCAUGGGUUAAGAAAUUCAUACAUGCACACGCCCCAGCGAUCGCAGCCUUUGGGCCUCCUGGAGGCCGUCGUCGCCACGGCCCGCCGUGGCCGGAGCGCGCGGCGCGGCCGCGGCAGCAGCGACGGCCGGCGUGCACUGGCCUGCAGCUCCUGCCGACGCCCGCGCAGCAGCGCGCCCGGCCGGGGGCCAUCUGCGCGGCCCUCGCGCGGCGCAAUUAGCCUCAAAUCGGUCAGCCCCCCGCCGAGGGCAGGAGGGCCCGUGCACGAGCAAAAAGGGGCCCAGGGCCUCCUACCGCUCGGACAGGCACGCCCCGCGCCUUUCUCGGCGGCGUGCCCCGUCGGCGCUCGCUUCUGGCAAGAUGACCCAGGACGCUCCUCGAUGGCCCCAGCCGGGAAAUUGCUCACGCCCGAGCGAUGCCGCAAGAAUGGCCCUGGCCGAGCAGUGGCGUAA